AUUCUCUUUAUUACCCAAAUCAAAGUAUGUGAAGUCCAAUCUGCCUCCAAAAAUCAUAUUCAUACUUGCAUCAUGCUAUAAUGAAAUUCUCCAACUUUAAUUAUCUUUAUGGCAAGACCAAUCCUUCUAAGCUUUUGCCAUAAAGAAACAAUCAAACAACAAAGCAUUCUCAAUACUCUAAGCGUAAUAAACCCACCUUUACACUUAGCACACACAUCCAUUUUAUUCUUUAAUCAAAAGCUUCCACCUUCAUCACACAUCCCUAAAAGAAAGAAAAAAGAACGGAAAAAAAAAAAAGGGCUCUUCAAAUGAAGGUAAAUUUAAAUCCUUUCCUUUCCAUGUUCAUAAAGCAGAUCCACUUCCAUCAACCCAUCCCACAUACCUUUCCCUUGCUUAUAAACCAUUUUCUUCUUUGUCUCCAAGUUUGGCAUCCAUUCAAACAACUUCUUCAUUAAGCAAAUCAACACACUUAUUCACUCCUUAUAAUCCCCUUCUUUACUUUCAGCUACUUCCAAUCCAACCCUUGAAUUCUCUCCCUUUCAUUGACACUUGAAGCGUGAUUCUAUCAACUAGUUCAAUUUCAAAGCAUACCUUAUUUUGUGUGGGUAGAGAUGAGUGCAGACUGGGGUCCAGUUGUGGUGGCGGUGGCGUUGUUCAUUCUCCUCUCCCCGGGGCUGCUUUUUCAGUUGCCGGCGAGAAUCAGGGUGGUGGAGUUUGGCAAUAUGAACACCAGUGGAAUUGCCAUUUUGGUACAUGCCAUCAUAUUCUUCUGCAUACUCACCAUAUUGAUCAUUGCAAUUGGUAUUCACAUACACGUUUAGCAAGUUCAUCAUUUGCUUUGGCUAUACCUUCAGCAAAUGAAUUGCUUGAUCCUUUUUUUUUCUCUCCAUUUUCACUAGGAUUUUAGCAUACUUCUGCCUAUAUUUUCCUUCAUUUCUUGUUUUCUUCUUCCCUUUCAACAAUAACUUACUAUGUUGUAGUCUGCCUAAAUGUAAACUAUAAUUUCCAUUCUUUUUGGGGGUUAAUAAGAAAGGUAAAGUUCUGUAAACAGUCAUAUCUCGAGCAAAGUUCUUCUCAUUUUUCUUACCAAUUGACAAUAAUAUACUUAUUAUCGCUUGCUUUCA